AUUUACAUGUGAGUGGAAUCCACACAUAUUAACACCAUUACAAAACAUUACCAGCAUCCAUGCCAAAGCAAAUGCCAGUUUGUCGCACUUCCACUUUCCACCGGACCACAACCUUCUCCUCCUUCUAAUCAUGACCACUUCCCCUUUCCUCUCUCUUUGUCGUCACCCCUUUUCCCACACUUCUCAUCGUUUCCCAACAGGGGCUGCUUCUCAAAGUUCAAACUUUCUGCCAAAGUUUCAAUCUUUUGCUUCUGGAAACCAUGCAGGGAGUGAAUUUCCAUCUGGGUUCUGCUCAAAUGCUCUCAGAAGAAAAAGGGUGUCCGUGGUGUGCUCAAAGUCAACUCUGAAUGUGGAAGAAGUGGCAGAGAGAGGAGUGAAGGGUAAGGGUGAAGAGUUUGAUGCAAUUGUUAUAGGGUCUGGGAUUGGAGGGUUGGUUGCAGGAACACAGUUGGCAGUGAAGGGUGCCAGAGUUUUGGUUUUAGAGAAGUAUGUGAUUCCUGGUGGAAGCUCUGGAUUUUACCAGAGGGAUGGCUAUACUUUUGAUGUGGGCUCUUCUGUCAUGUUUGGUUUCAGUGAUAAGGGUAAUCUCAAUUUGAUAACACAAGCGUUGGAGGCAGUCGGUUGUCAGAUGCAAGUAGUACCUGAUCCAACAACUGUUCAUUUCCAUCUACCAAAUAACCUUUCUGUUCGAGUGCACAAAGAAUAUGAUAAAUUCAUUGAUGAACUGACCAGUUACUUUCCGCAUGAAAAGGAGGGUAUUCUUAAAUUCUACAGUGAAUGCUGGAAGAUUUUCAAUGCGCUGAAUUCCUUGGAGUUGAAGUCACUGGAAGAGCCACUCUACCUUUUUGGACAGUUUUUUCAGAAGCCCCUGGAAUGCUUGACACUAGCCUAUUAUUUGCCUCAAAAUGCUGGAGCCAUAGCUCGGAAGUACAUUAAAGAUCCAAGCUUGUUGUCUUUCAUAGACGCAGAGUGUUUUAUAGUGAGCACAGUCAACGCUAUACAGACACCAAUGAUCAAUGCUAGCAUGGUUCUAUGUGACAGACACUUUGGUGGGAUCAACUACCCUCUUGGGGGUGUCGGUGGGAUUGCAAAGUCCUUAGCAAAAGGUCUUGUUGAUCAGGGUAGUGAGAUAGUUUACAAAGCAAAUGUCACUGGUAUUAUAAUUGAGCAGGGCAAAGCUGUAGGUGUGAGGCUUGCUGAUGGGAGAGAGUUCUUUGCCAAAACCAUAAUAUCAAAUGCUACUAGAUGGGAUACAUUUGGAAAGUUGCUGAAGGGUGUUCCACUGCCAAAAGAAGAAGAGAACUUCCAGAAAGUUUAUGUUAAAGCUCCAUCUUUUCUUUCAAUUCACAUGGGGGUUAAAGCAGAGAUUUUACCACCAGAUACAGACUGUCACCAUUUUGUCCUUGAGAGCAACUGGUCCGAAUUAGAGGAUUCAUAUGGAAGUAUCUUUUUAAGUAUACCAACUGUUCUUGAUUCAUCAUUGGCUCCCGAAGGUCGCCAUAUCCUUCAUAUAUUCACAACUUCUUCCAUGGGGGACUGGGAGGGUCUCUCAAGAGUAGAAUACGAGGCAAAGAAGCAGCUUGUAGCCGAUGAAAUCAUAAGCAGAUUAGAGAAUAAAUUGUUUCCAGGUCUUAGAUCAUCCAUCGAUUUUAUAGAGGUAGGGACACCAAAGACACACAGGCGAUACCUAGCUCGUGACAAGGGGACGUACGGCCCAAUGCCACGUGGAACACCAAAGGGGUUAUUGGGAAUGCCAUUUAAUACAACAGGCAUAGCUGGUCUUUAUUGUGUUGGUGAUAGCUGCUUCCCUGGACAAGGUGUUAUUGCUGUAGCUUUCUCCGGAGUUAUGUGUGCUCACCGAGUAGCUGCAGAUAUUGGGCUGGAGAAAAAGUCACCUGUGUUGGAUUCCAUGCUGCUUCGGUUGCUUGGUUGGAUAAGAACAAUGGCAUGAGAUUUAAUACAUGGCAGCUUUUGUUUGAUCACACCAUUGUUUCACUGCAGAUUUCCUCCUCAAUGUUCAAGACUCAGCAGUUUGCCACAGAAGAUAGGUGGUGUCAGUUGCAACUCAAUCCAUGGAGUGCCAUAGCUUGGGAAAAAAAUAAUUUGGAGGGUGCAAAAUAAAUAAGCUUACAAUGUAUAAAUCAAAUGUGAUGGUUUUGACAAUAAUUUAUUAUAAGUGAUUCAAGUAA